AUGGGCCGCUCUCGAAGCCGCAGCUCGUCGCGGUCCAAGCACUCCAAAAGCAGCAAGCACAGCAAGAAGAGGAGCCGAUCGCGGUCCAGAUCCAGAGACCGGGAAAGAUCCAAGAAGCGAUCCAAGUCCCGGGAGUCCAAGAGGAACCGUCGCCGAGGAUCUCGCUCCAGGUCCCGGUCUAACACAGCCCCCUCCCGCAGGGAAAGAGCCGCUUCGCCGCCAGAGCGAAUAGACAUAUUUGGACGGACCCUGAGCAAGAGAAACGCACUGGACGAGAAGCAGAAGAAGGAGGAAGAGGAGAGGAAAGCCGAGAUGGAACGACAGAGGAAAAUUCGGCAGCAGGAGAUCGAGGAGAAACUAAUCGAAGAGGAGACGGCACGGCGCGUGGAGGAGCUUGUGGCCAAACGCGUGGAGGAGGAGCUGGAAAAGCGCAAAGACGAGAUCGAGCGCGAAGUGCUGCGGCGCGUGGAGGAGGCCAAGCGCAUCAUGGAGCGCCAGCUGCUGGAGGAGCUGGAGAGGCAGCGUCAGGCCGAGCUGGCUGCGCAGAAGGCCAGAGAGGAGGAAGAAAAAUCCAAGCGCGAGGAGUUGGAAAAAAUCCUGGAGGAGAAUAACCGCAAGAUCGCAGAAGCUCAGGCCAAACUGGCCGAGGACCAGUUGCGAAUUGUGGAGGAGCAGAGAAAGAUCCACGAGGAGCGCAUGAAACUGGAGCAGGACCGGCAGAAGCAGCAGAAGGAAGAGCAGAAAAUGAUCCUGGGCAAAGGCAAGUCUCGGCCCAAGCUCUCCUUCUCGCUCAAGGCCACCGAGUGA